AUGUCAGAAAGGAAAAGCAUAAACAAAUACUAUCCGCCAGACUAUGAUCCUUCCAAAGUGCCGAAGAAGGCCAAGGCACUCAAGCCCAAGGUGGAGAAAGUUCGAUUAAUGGCGCCCUAUUCUAUGCGAUGCCUAAAAUGUAACGAAUACAUUGCUCAUCGAAGAAAGUUCAAUGCAAGAAAAGAAGAUACCGGAGAGAAAUAUAUGAAUUUCAAGAUCUUGAGGUUCCAUAUAGCAUGUCCUCGGUGUAAUAAUAAUAUUUCAUUCAAAACCAACUAUAGAUCGGCGGGAUUUAUCCCGGAUCAAGGUGCAGUUAGAAACUAUGAAUCAACUACUAAAACCCAAGUGGAAAAAGAAGUCAAGGAAGUGGAAUCCGAAACCCAAAUAUUGGAGCGCUUGGAAAAAGAAGAACAGGAAAAUAAACUAUUCCAAUUGGAAAAGGAAAAACGUAAUAAGAAUCCUUUUUGGAAACUGAACUCAAAAGAUUCUUCCAAAGAUGUCAUGGAAAACUUACAGGAUAAAUUGCUAGGCCAGAUACAACAACAGGAGAUCAAUGAACAUCUUGAAGCAUUACAACGAAGAAAUAGAGAAAUCGCCCAACUGGGCGGUUCAGAUAAAUUGACCGCUGAUAUACAACAGAAAAUAACUAGUCUUCAAUCCUUACAAGAGAAACUUAAUGAAGAUGAAGACGAAGAACUUGCGAAAAGGGCCUUCAAGAAAUUGAAGAAAAACCCU